UAACAUGGGGGCGGGAUUCACUGUAAGGAAGUUGGGCAACGGGAGAGGAUGAAGAUACUAGUCUAUUCCUAAUGUAGACAUCGUGAACUCUCGGGGGUAAACAUUAACCCACUGCAAGUUGAACUCUCCACAGAUCAGGACACAACACCAUGUCAGGUAUUGGAAGGCUUUCUACCAACGGCUCGGUGCUGUUGCUGUGUGACAUGCAGGAGAAAUUCAGGCCCAAUAUCUUCCAGUUCACCAACAUAGUCAGCAAUGCUGCACGAUUGCUUCAGGCCAGUCGUAUCCUGGGAAUCCCCCCCAUUGUCACUGAGCAGUACCCCAAGGGCUUGGGCCCCACAGUGCCAGAGCUCGGUGCAGAAGGGCUCACAGCACAUGCCAAGACCAAGUUCACCAUGAUGUCGGAGGAGGUGGAGAAGGAGAUGCUCGCUCUGGGGAACCCCAAGCAGGCCAUCCUCUGUGGGAUCGAGACCCAGGCGUGUAUUGCGUGCACAACCUUUGACCUUCUAGAGAAGGGAAUAGAGGUCCACAUCGUGGCAGAUGCCGUCUCCUCCAGAAGCCAGACGGACCGUCUGUUCGCCCUAUCUCGUCUGAGGCAGAGUGGGGCUUUCCUCAUCACCACUGAGGCCGUCCUGCUGCAGCUGGUCCAAGACGCCAAACACCCCAAAUUUAGGGAGAUACAAAAGCUGAUGGCCCAACCUUCUCCCGAUACUGGCCUGCUUGCGUUCUUCAGCUCCCUGUAGAGAAUCCAACCAGUCAUCAAACACUGUUUAUAACCUAAGCAAUAAAAUGCUGCUAUUUGAACCUGUC